AUGUGCGACCCAGUUUAUCGUGCGACAAGAGGCGAAAAGUCACCCAACAUAGUCUCUGCUGCUACUAAGCCAAUAAAAGGAGAGUCACCGCGGUCGACUGCCGUUACAAGCUGUCAACUUGACGAAGCCGUCAACUUACAGACCUUCCGUUCUUGGAUUGUCGGUUUCAACGAGACGUCUUAUGUCAGAGGCAUCAUCGACGGAGGCAGUCAACGCACGUUCAUUAAGGAAGUCCUGGUGACACGGUUGGGACUAAAAAUCCUUAGAGAGACUUGCCUUGCGGUGAACACGUUUGCAUCAGACGCUCCUUCUCGUGUGACAAAGUGCAAUGUCGUCGAGGUUCGCCUACGUAGCCAGUUUGAUUACAACGAGCACGUCAUCGAAGCCAUCGCCAUGCCAGUAAUUUGCCACGACAUCCCUGCCACGGCUAUGGAAUGCUCCUUCGCAGCCAAAUUGCGAGAGCGAAAUUAUCGGCUGGCAGACGAGCAAACUGUGCCUAGAGAGUGUGGCGAAAAAGGCAUUAGCCUGCUCAUAGGAUCUGAUCAACUGUGGAAGAUCGUGAGCGGCGACAUCAUACGCAGCACGGAAGCACAAGGAUUGGUAGCGGUCAAGACCACUCUUGGAUGGACGCUCCAAGGUCCUGUCACAAAAACGAGCUUCAUAAGCGAAACAUCCGAGGUGAUGAUCUGCGUCCUGCGAGUGCAAGCUGAAGAAAGCAAAGGAUUGGAGCAAAACAUACUGGAGUGCUUUUGGACGUUGGAUGCCAUGCGAAUUGCACCAAAGGAAGCAACUCACAGGCACGCAGACACCUUGUCUGUUUUCGAGAGUAAGAUGACAAAGAUAGGAAAACGGUACCAAGUACCCGUGCCACGUAAAAACCCGGACAUCGAGCUGUUACAAGUCAACUACAGCGUCGCACUUACCCGACUACGAAAUCUUGUUAAACGUAUCUCGAAGCCAGAAGGAUUGCUGGAGAGAUACGAUACAGUGAUACGUCAGUACAUUGUUUCCGGCCAUGCUGAAGUUGUACUUGACAACGAAUCACUGGAUGGCCCUGCGUACUACAUGCCACACAGGGAGGUCAUUCGAGAGGAAUCACUCACCACCAAGCUCCUUCGGAUCACAGCAUGGGUGCAGCGUCUUGUGUCCAAGGUUAGGUUCAAGACUAAGGAAGAUGGAGCCAUAUCUGCUGAAGAAAUCUUGGCAGCCGAGAGAUACCGGAUCCGCCAAGUUCAAUCUGAAUCGUUUCCCGAUGAGCGGAGGUGGCUAGAAGAAAAACAAGGUUUACCCAGUAACUCAUGGGUAGCACAACUACACCCAUUUAUCGACGAAAGCGGGCUUCUACGCGUCGGCGGAAGGCUAGAAAAUCUCAGAGACAGCUGGGACGUGAAGCAUCCAUUCCUGCUUCCAAGUCAACACCGUUUCACCGAGCUGGUAUUUGCCGAUGCCCAUCGGCGAGUCAUGCACGGAGGAGUAACGGCGACAGUACACAACGUACGCGAACGCUUCUGGAUCCCGAGAGCGCGAUAA